AUGCCUCCUAAACAGCAAUCGAAGGCGGAUUUAGCGAAGAAGCAGAAGGUAGUCGAGGACAAAACAUUCGGGUUGAAGAACAAGAACAAGUCAAAAAAUGUUCAGAAAUACGUGCAGUCCCUCAAGCAGUCCGUUCAGCCCAAGCCCGACCCGAGCAAACUCAAUGCCCAGAAGAAGAAAGAGGAGGAGAAGACCAGGGAGAAGGAGCUGCAGGAGUUGUUUAAGGUUGCUGUUAAACAACCUAAAGUUCCUGUCGGUGUUGAUCCAAAGUCAAUUGUGUGUGAGCAUUUUAAGGUCGGGCAAUGUGCGAAAGGGUUUAAGUGCAAAUUUUCUCAUGACUUGAACGUGCAGAGGAAAGGAGAGAAGAUAGAUAUCUACAGUGAUAAACGUGAUCAAGAACAAGAACCUAUGGAGGAGUGGGAUCAAGAGACAUUGGAGAAAGUUGUUGCGUCCAAGAGCAACGAGUACAACAAGAACAAGCCUACUGAUAUAGUGUGUAAAUACUUUCUGGAAGCAGUUGAGAAGAAGCAGUACGGUUGGUUCUGGGUCUGCCCGAAUGGUGGUAAAGAAUGUCACUACAGACAUGCUCUUCCCCCUGGAUAUGUUCUAAAGUCCCAGAUGAAAGCUCUUUUAGAGGAGGAAAGUGAGAAGAUAUCCAUCGAGGAGGAGAUAGAGAACCAGCGUGCAAAAGUAACAACUACAACGCCUAUGACUCCUGAGUUAUUUAUGCAAUGGAGGAAGAAAAAGAUGGAGGAGAGGGAAGCUGGCCUGGCUGCACAGAGGGCUGAGAGAGCAAAGAAUGACCGUAUGAGUGGUCGUGAGCUGUUUCUAUCAGAUGCCAGCUUGUUUGUUGAUGAUGCUGAAGCUUACGAUAAAUAUCAGAGAGAAGAAGAACCAGAUGCUGAUCAAAAGGUCAAUAAAGAUCCCUCUCUUGAUCGACUGAGUUCUUCUACAUCAACCAUACAUGAUAAUGAAGGCAAUCCCAAUCAUGAUGAUGAAGAUGAUGACGAUGAUCUUGACAUUGACGAGUUGAACGAGCUAGAAGCCAGCCUGUCAAGAACAACACUGCAAAUCAAGGAGCCAGGUGGCAACGUGCGCCGGUGCAAAUUCUUGUCCGGAGUCCCGUCCGGCGGACAUCUGAUUCUCGGAUCUACAGGUAACACAAGUGUAUAUCACCGUUUUUUCUUUCCAGGAAGGAACAUUUGA